UUCCUCACUCGACCCAGAGAGUAGACAAUCACAGUGAACGCGCCUCGACCGUUAUGCUCGUAAUUCUCCCCGUAAUAACGGUCAUAUUUCCGGCCUUCUAUUCUCUCUCCCUCUCUCUCUCUCUCUCUCUAUUACUUCUCCUUCUACUACUACUACUGCUGCUGCUGCUUGUGUCUGUAUGUUAGGGUUUUGAGGCGGUGAGAUGAGAGUGAAGUGAGCUAUAAUGGUGGUUUCAUCGAAAUGUGGGGCUCACAUUACCAGCUCCAAAAGGCCUCCAUUGUUGUCUUCUGGCGGCGAAAAUGGCGUAGUUGGCAAUCGGAGGGCCAAAUCCAGAGAAGUCAUCUCUCGCUACCAGACGCCCAUCGCUUCUCGAACGGCUGCUGCGAUGUCGCCUACUCAGGCUUCGCCGGCCUCCGCGGCGAUCAAGCGGUCGCAGUCGACAGAGCGGCGGCGGCUGGGGACUCCGAGGCCGAGUAAUCUGGGGAAUUCCAGUGAAAUUUCGACCGCCGCGAAGAUGUUGGUUGGUUCGACGAGGAGUUUGUCGGUUUCAUUUCAGGGAGGGUCGUUUUCGCUUCCCAUGAGCAAGGAGAAGCCGGCGACGGAGAGGAGGAAAGCGACGCCGGCGAGGGAUGCGACGGAGAAUUCGAAGCUUGUUGAUCAACGUCGGUGGCCUGGAAGAUCGCGGGAUGUGAAUUCUCUCACGAGGAGUCUGGAUUGUACUGGUGAUAGGCAGAAAUUGGGUGGAUCCGGGACUGGAGCUGUAGUUAGGGCUUUGCAGCAAUCCAUGAUUAGCGAAAGAAGUAGAUUGAAAGGGAACUCGACCAACACGGAGAUUGAUAAAUCUGUUUACCAUGCUGUUGAUGCAAAUUCUGAUUCUGGAGCGGUACAAGAACGUGGGAAUGUUUCUCGGGUGCGUGGAGGCCCACGGGGGAUCAUGGUUCCGGCGAGGUUCUUGCAAGAGAGUACUCACCAGCUCCGGCAAGUUCCAGAACCAGUUUCUCCCAUGUCGAAGAACAAUGGACUGAAAACAGUGGCUCCACCAAAAUUCAAUGCAUUGAGCUGCAGGGGAUUACCUUCCCCUGUUCGUGGGGCUGCCCGUUCGCCAUCACCUAGCAAGAUUGCAAUAAAUUCGGCUUCUUCUCCAUCAGGGACUAUUCCAAGUCCAUCUCGAAUCAGGAAUGGUGUAGCAAGCAAGGUGAGUAAUGAAUUGUGGGACACUCCAUCGAUUCUCAGCUUUUCUGCUGAUUUGAGGAGAGGGAGGGUUGGAGAAAACCGGGUUUUUGAUGCACACCUGCUGAGGCUGCUGUAUAACCGUCACUUGCAAUGGCGAUUUAUAAAUGCUAGAGCAGAUUCUGCAAUGUUGGUCCAGAAAGUGACUGCAGAGGAAAGCCUAUAUAAUGCCUGGGUGUCUACUUUGAAAUUGCGGCAUUCCGUUAAAGCCAAAAGAGCAGAGCUACAGUUGCUGCAGAAAAAUUUGAAGCUAUAUUCCAUUCUGAAGGGACAAAUUCCAUAUUUGGAUGAUUGGGAUCUUAUUGACCAGGAUCACUUAGGCUCUUUGUCAGAGGCUAUUGAAGCUUUGGAAGCCAGCACUCUUCGGCUUCCUGUUGUUGGUGGCGCAAGGGUGGACAUUCAAAAUCUAAAAGAUGCCAUUUGUUCAGCAGUUGAUGUGAUGCAGGGAAUGGGAUCUUCGAUAUUCUCUUUGUUGACAAAGGUAGAUAAAGUGAACUCAUUGGUGUAUGAGCUUGCAAACUCAACUGCAAAGGAACACGCUCUGCUUGAACACUGCAAAGAUCUCUUGUCCACACUAACAGUCAUGCAGGUGAAGAAUUGUAGCCUCGGAACACAUAUACUACAACUCCGGCGCACACCCUGAAGCCUGACAACAGAAUUGCUGAAGCUGCUGAUGUGAUUUGAUCGCUCACUUUACAAGCUAACAUUACGCAAAAAUCACUAUUGCCGGCCACAAUGGAACAGCCGGCGAUCGGAAAGUGUUUUUCUUUGGCUUGGAAAGGCUGAAGUGUGUUCAUUUGCACCCCCUUUCUUCGGCUUGGAAAGGCUGUGUUACAUAUCAAGUGUGUGGUUUAUUUUGUUUGUAUGCAUAUAGAUGUGGCUUCUUGAUUUCAGAAUAGAUCUUAAGAAAAGUAUUUGACACGUUUCAGACAGAAUAUAUGUGUAUAUAAAUAUGUAUAGAUAAUGUUUUCAAUUUCUCAAUUUGAAUUGCUCCUCUCGAAUUCUUUGUCA